CAAGGGUUGACUAGAGGCAACAACUGAACUCUAAACUCCCAUUUAUCCAUAUUCUGUUUUCCCUGGUGUGUUCAACUCAUCAGUAUGUUUUGCUGGCAUUUGAUGUAUUGAUUUGAUCCUUUUUUUAGUCUGAUAUGGAUAUGCAAGAGCAAAAUUAAGCCCCCCCCCCAAAAAAAAGUAAUCACUAAAGAGAAUUGGCUGAGAAGUGAAGAACAUUAUUGCUUUUUCUUUUCCUGACAAUGGCACUGGACACAGAGUUUGGUGGGAAGGGCAGCAGCAUCAUCAAGGAAUGGAGUGGACAGGUUCAACCUGCUCUGGUUGCUUCCUUUGUGUUUCUCUUCUGUCUGGAAGCCUGUCUGUGGGUCAGAAACCUCAGGCACAAGAGAAGACUGCCAGGACCCUUUGCCUGGCCUGUGGUGGGCAACGCCGUGCAGCUGGGCCAGAUGCCACACAUCACCUUCGCCAAGCUCGCAAAGAAGUACGGUAACGUGUAUCAGAUCCGGCUUGGCUGCAAUGACAUUGUGGUUCUCAACGGAGACCGGGCGAUACGUCAGGCUCUGAUUGAGCACAGCACGGAGUUUGCAGGCAGACCCAACUUUGUGUCUUUCCAGAAGAUCUCUGGAGGAAGGAGCAUGGCGUUUGGUAAUUACAGCAAACAGUGGAAGAUUCACAGGAAAAUUGCACAAUCCAGUAUCAGAGCCUUCUCCUCUGCAAACAAUCAGACCAGGAAAGUGUUUGAGCUGCACGUUGUGGCAGAGGCCGUGGAGCUGGUGAAGGUUUUCCUCCAGCAGAGCACUAAUGGACAGUACUUUGAGCCUUCUCACGGGGUCACGGUAGCAGCCGCUAAUGUGAUUUGUGCCUUGUGCUUCGGUAAGAGAUACGAACAUGAUAACAUGGAAUUCAGGUCCCUGCUAGAAAAAAUAGACAAGUUUGGAGAGACGGUAGGGGCCGGCAGCUUAGUCGACGUCAUGCCCUGGCUCCAGUCCUUCCCCAACCCAGUCCGCAGUGUCUAUGAGAACUUCAAACAUAUCAAUGAGGAAUUUUUUGCCUUUGUCAAAGAUAAAGUGAUACAGCACCGAGAGACCUUUGACCCCGAGGUGACACGGGACAUGAGCGAUGCCAUUAUCAACGUGAUCGAGCAUGGGAAGGACAGUGUCCUCUCUAAGGACUUCGUUGAGGGGACAGUUACAGACCUGAUUGGAGCGGGUCAAGACACGAUGUCAACUGUUCUGCAGUGGAUUCUUCUGCUCCUGCUCAAACACCGUGACAUCCAGAGCAAACUGCAGCAGCUUAUAGACAAAGUCGUGGGACGGGACAGACUGCCAUCGAUCGAGGACAGAGGCAGUUUGGCUCUCCUAGACGCCUUCAUUUAUGAGACCAUGCGCUUCACCAGCUUCGUCCCCGUCACCAUCCCCCAUUCCACCACCUCGGAUGUCACUAUCGAAGGUCUCCACAUCCCCAAAGACACAGUGGUCUUCAUCAAUCAGUGGUCCGUCAACCACGAUCCUCUAAAAUGGAAGGACCCGCACAUCUUCGACCCGUCACGCUUCCUGGAUGAAAACGGAGCCCUUGAUAAGGACCUGACGAACAGCGUCAUGAUCUUUUCCACCGGUAAGAGGCGAUGUAUCGGUGAUCAGAUUGCCAAGGUGGAAAUCUUUCUAUUCACAGCAGUCUUGCUGCACCAGUGCAGCUUUGAAAAUGAGCCCUCUGAGCCCCUCACUCUGGGCUGCUCCUAUGGACUCACACUGAAACCUUUCCAGUUCAGAAUCAAUGCCAAGCUAAGAGACGAGCAGCACGUCUUGACCCCCACAGCAUGAUCAAUUCACCUUAAGACUCAAGGCCAGCACGGACUUAACACUUGCCCACCAAUGACAUUUAACAGUAAAAUGUGGUUCGCUAUAAGUAGAAGAUAUGAACUGUAAAGCUUGCGGGCUUCCUGGAAGUUCCGGUUCUCAAAAAUACUGUAUACUUGAUCAAACAUCGCAGAGAAUCUACAUGUUGUCGUUUGAACCGUGUGCUCGUUUUAUAUCCCACUACCCGCCAUGUACACGUACGAUAUCUUCAGGAAAUGACGUCAUUCUUGAAAUGUCACUAUAAACUAAUAUAUCUUUGAAGGAAAUGCUUGUGGAAAUGUGUGUUGAAGACGUAUUUAUUCCCUCUUCAAUAUAGCGGUAUAAGAACAUAUUUAAUCUUGGACACAUAAAGGAAUUACGGAGUGUUUUUAUGGUCAGGUAUGGCCGGGAUGUUAGAGAGAUGUAAUCAUUUCAUUAUCUACUGUAAUCACUGCAUAUGAAACCGAGGAAACGCAAAGGAUGAAAGGAAACCGAUGCAGAGAAGCUGACGUCCGUCAUCAGAUAUCCUCGUGGGUGUUCGGAAGUUGACGGGGGGGGGGAGUAGUUGACUGCGCCGGACAGCGUUUGAUAUUGAUUUGAUGUGGGUGCAGCAAUUGUUUUAUCCGGGGUUCAUUUAUUUACUGUGCAAGCACUGUAGUUAUAGCAUGUCCUGUACAAAAAAAACACUCACUGGUAGUAAAGGUACAAAAGCACAGCACAGAUAAGCCUGUUGACGGUUAGCGCUUAACAACGCAUCCUCAUGAGCACGUUGGGCGCCAUGGCAACGCUUUCAAAAGCUACGUGAUGCAACGUCACACAUCUCUGUGUCCAUUCAGGAAUAUAUUGCUGUAAUGUGCUUAGGAUCUCUCUCUCUCUCUCUCUCUCUCUCUCUCUCUCUCUCUCUCUCUCUCUCUCUCUCUCUCUCUCUCUCUCUCUCUCUCUCUCUCUCUCUCUCUCUCUCUCUCUCUCUCUCUCUCUCUCUCUCUCUC